AUGAAACUUCUGAGAUAUCCAAGAAAGUUAACCUCAGGUAAGAUAAGCUCAUGUUGUUGUAUCGGGGACAAUUUUAUUACCGUGGGUAACAACUCAAUCUCAGUGUUUUCUAGUGAGGAAUUGAUGGAUGCGGCAUUGGGUAAGCGGUCAGCGAAGAGCGUGCUGGAGAAGUUCAGCAUUGCAGCCAAAGGUAUUGACCAGCCAUUACAGUUUUGUUUUGGAGACGAAAACAGAUUAUUUUUGGGUACAGACUUGGGAGUUUACCAUAUCGAAUCUUGGCUGGAAACUCGCGAGAAAUCGGACAUCAAGUCGUUUUAUUCGGUGAAGGCUCCAAGUACAAUUACUGAUACCUUGUACGAUCCAAAAAACAGAAUUGUGUUCAUCCUUGUAAAUAAGAGCGAUGGCUCUAACUUUGUUCUGCUUUACAGCGCAAACUCCUGCAAACAGUUAGGAGAUAUUCCAAUGACGCAAUCAAAACCCAUGACUGGAAUAAUAGAUCCUGUAGGACAAGUUUUCACUGUAAUAUGUGAUGAUCGUUACAUUUCGGUAUUUCAAUAUGACAAAGAAGGUAAUCAUAAAUUACUGCACAGAUUAACGCAAUACGUGCAAGUAGAUCCUAUCCACUACAAAAUCACGAUGUCCCCGCAAGCAGAUCUUUUACCAAUUUUAAACUCACUAAAGGGUACUACACCUGCAAUCGCAUUAUUAGACAAGAAUAAGGAGUUCAAGGUCGACACGACUUUAGUGGGUCAUCUGGAUCAAUGUAAGAUACUCAAAUUUUCUCCUAAACUGUAUGAAAAGACUAUCAAGAAUGGAACGACAACUACAUACAACCUUUUAGCCACUUCCGGGUUCGAAGAUGGCCAUGUUAUCGUAUGGAACACAAGAAGGUCCAAGCCGCUACUGAAUGCCAAAUGCCUUUGCAAUUCAUAUAUCACCGAUCUGCAAUGGACACAUGAUGGACUUGGAUUGCUUGCGGUAAGUAAUGAUGGUUAUCUUUUCAUAUUUGCAUUUCACGAGAGAGAACUAGGUCAGGUGGUUUCUGAAGAUCAGAUUUCGAAACUUCAAUCGGGAAAUAAAAAGCUAGAUCCAUUGAUCCCUACAGAGGAGCCCGUAAUUAAAAAUGAGGCCAAGCCUGAACUCAUACCAACUAUUCCAAAUGGGACAGCAAGCCGUGUGAAUGGUAAAAAGCGAGCAAUACCUACCACCAUUAAGAGUUCUACCAUGGAGUUCAAUGCUCCAUCAUAUAGUGUCCCAAAAGAUUUAAAAAGACGACCAAAAGAAGAUUUGGGCUCUCAGACGAAUUCCAAAAGGCAAAAACACGAUUUGGAACCAAUGGAUUUUCUGGAUACUAAUCUUUUAAUACCUAAUAUAUCAUUUUCCAAAUUGAGGCUCGCCACUCCUAAAGUUCGUCUAACCUUCCAGUACGUAUCGCCUUCAAACAGCAAUUUAAUUUUUGAUGUUAAGAAUGGGUCUGGAAAUGAACAGAAGCCAUCCAUAGUUUCGUUACUGUCAAAGGAAUCCGAUCAAGAAAAAGUCUUAUUUCAUGAUUUCCUCCCAAACUUUGUCACACUAUGUACCUCUGGUGACACAUUUUGGGCCUGCUGCAGUGAAAAUGGUACUAUAUAUGUCUAUUCGGAUUCAGGAAAAAAAGUACUACCACCAAUGAUCAUGGGCGUUCCUUGCAGUUUCUUAGAGGCAUGUGGUAAAUUUUUGCUCUGCGUAACCAGCAUGGGUCAAGCGUACUGUUGGAAUGUCGAAAACUCAAAGCUUGAGUUCCCAGUAACCACCGUAUAUCCAUUACUCAGUCCAACCUUGCGUUUUUCAGACGAUGUUUUAACCAGAGCGGAAAAUAUCACGAUGUGCACCAUAACCAAAGGUGGUAUACCACUUGUAACUUUAAGCAAUGGUGAUGGAUACAUGUUUGAUAAGGAUAUGCAAACCUGGCUGGUGAUUAACGAUUCAUGGUGGGCCUUCGGGUCCCAAUAUUGGGAUGCAACAAGAACAACAGGCAAUACAAUCGCCGCAAUUGGUAUGUCUGACAAAGGAGAGAAGAAAAACAAAUACUGGAAUUCUGAGGCAGAAGGCUUACUAAAUGAUCUCAAGGAAAACAAGUCUAGUAUUCUGAAUUACUUGGAAAGUAGAACAAAUGAUGAAUUGAGCAGAAAAGGUCGCAUUCGUAAUAUUCAAAAGUUUGCAAAAACAAUUCUUAUGAAAGAAGGAUUCGAGAAUUUAGAAGAAGUUGUCACUCUGGCCCACUUAGAGAAUAAGCUAUUGGUACUUCUGAGGUUGUCCGAAAACGGAGAAUUUGUCAAAUUACUCAUUGUUUAUUGCAUCCGUCUAAGUGAAAUGGGAUACAGGAACAGACUGGAUGACGUUCUUCAAUGGAUAUACAACGAUGGGGAUUACAAGAAUAAAGAGAUUGCUGGUGUUAAUGCUGAGGUUUUACUGAAGAAGAUUCUUGUGGCUUGUGCAGAUAUAAGACAUGUUCAACGAGUGACCACGAAUUAUGCGACUGCGAUAGGAAUGAUCGCCGAUUCUCUUUAA